AUGCAUGGAGCCUGGGUGCUGCUGCUGCUGGGCCUCAGGCUACAGCUGUCCCUUAGUGUCAUUCCAGUGGAGGAGAAGAACCCAUCCUUCUGGAACCAAAAGGCAUCAGAGGCCCUGGAUGUUGCCAAAAAGCUGAAGCCCAUUCAGACGUCAGCCAAGAACCUCAUCAUCUUCCUGGGGGAUGGGAUGGGGGUGCCCACAGUGACAGCCACCAGGAUCCUAAAGGGACAGUUGGAAGGCCAUCUAGGACCCGAGACACCCCUAGCCAUGGACCGCUUCCCAUACAUGGCUCUGUCCAAGACAUACAACGUGGACAGACAGGUCCCAGACAGUGCAGGCACAAGCACCGCCUUUCUCUGUGGGGUCAAGGCCAACUACAAGACCAUUGGCGUUAGCGCAGCAGCACGAUUCAACCAGUGCAACACCACAUUCGGCAAUGAGGUCAUCUCAGUGAUGUAUCGUGCCAAGCAAGCAGGAAAGUCUGUGGGAGUGGUGACCACCACAUCGGUGCAGCACGCCUCUCCAGCCGGCACCUACGCACACGCAGUGAACCGUGACUGGUACUCGGAUGCAGAAAUGUCUGCUUCGGCACUGCAGGAGGGCUGCAAGGACAUCUCUGCACAGCUCAUCUCCAACACGGACAUCAACGUAAUCCUUGGUGGGGGCCGAAAGUUCAUGUUUCCCAAGGGAACACCAGACCCUGAGUAUCCAGACGACAGAGCUAAGUCCGGAAGCAGGCUGGAUGGACAGAAUCUGGUCCAGAAGUGGUUGACGGAGCACCAGGGGGCCCGGUAUGUUUGGAACCGCACGGAGCUCAUUCAGGCAUCCCAGGACCCAGCAGUGACUCACCUCAUGGGUCUCUUUGAGCCUGAACACAUGAAAUAUGACACCUACCGAGACCCUACCCAGGACCCCUCCCUGGUGGAGAUGACAGAGGUGGCUGUGCACAUGCUGAGCAGGAACCCCCGAGGCUUCUACCUCUUUGUGGAAGGGGGCCGCAUCGAUCAUGGCCACCAUGAAGGCAGAGCCUACGGUGCACUGACUGAGGCUGUCAUGUUCGACUCGGCCAUUGAUAAGGCGGACCAGCUCACCAGUGAGCAGGACACGAUGAUCCUCGUCACCGCUGACCACUCCCACGUCUUCUCUUUUGGUGGCUAUGUACCUCGAGGGAACUCUAUCUUUGGGCUGGGGGCCUCCUUCAAUGCUCUGGAUGGCAAAGCCUUUACCUCCAUCCUGUAUGGCAACGGCCCCGGCUAUAAACUCCAGAAUGGUGUCCGGGCAGAUGUCACUGACGAAGAGAGCCGUGACCCCAAGUACCGGCAGCAGGCAGCUGUACCCCUGUCCUCAGAGACCCACGGCGGAGAGGAUGUGGCGAUAUUCGCGCGUGGUCCGCAGGCACACCUGGUGCACGGAGUGCAGGAGCAGAAUUACAUUGCGCAUGUCAUGGCCUUUGCAGGCUGCCUGGAGCCCUACACCGACUGCGGCCUGGCGCCCCCUGCUGGCCGGAACGGUGCUGCGAGUCCCAGCACCCUGAUGUUCCUGUUGGCAUCGAUGCUGGUGACUGCUGCUGAACUCUGA